CAGACAUACACCGGCUCUAUUCAGUUAUUCAUCAACUGUGAUCGUAUGCAGAUAUUAAGAACGGAACAUUAAUCGUUGCAAAGUGUUGAUUCAAUUUUUAAAUUUUUAAACUUUUCAAAAACUCCGAGAAAUAAUAAAAUGAAAUUUGUCAUCUUAUUUUGCUCAGUUUUAUGUGCUUUAAUUGCUUCUACUACCGAAACUUUCAUUAACACUGGUCCGAGUCUGGUCAACAGUUUAGCAAAAAUACCUCCGGGCAUUCCACCGCAAGGAUGUCCACUUUGUGAUUCGUCUGUGUACACAUACUGUUCGAAUAAAAUGAUUCAUGACUCUUGCUGUUGUAAUGGACCAUUAGGUUUUAAUGGCGGGAUAGGAUUCAAUUGCCCGGUAACGAACUGUGCGUAUCUGCAUGCUAAUUCGUGCUAUGAACAUUCCUUAAUCACAAAUUGUUGCUGUAAUAGCCCGUAUAGAAAAUAAAAGGAACGGCUCACCAAUGUGUAACAUUCUCAUCUAGUUUGUUUGUUUUUUUAAAUUAUUUAUUUUAACUUUGGAAAAUUAAAUUUUUCUUAACCAA